AUGCCUCACGUCACGCGAAAGUGGGAGCUGUUCCCGGGCAGGAAUCGUUUCUGUUGCGAUGGGAGAGUGAUGAUGGCACCGCAGACUGGAGUAUUCUAUGUCACCGUGUGUCUCAUCGCCGGAACCAGCGGAUUGUUCUUUGGCUUUGAUUGUCCAUUUUUGGCACUACAUAUAACACCAGCAAUACCAGUGAUAGGAGGUUUAUUAUUUAUAUUUGUAAUGUCUGCUCUGUUUCGUACAAGCUUCAGUGACCCUGGAGUAAUUCCACGAGCAACACCUGACGAAGCUGCUUAUAUUGAGCAACAAAUUGAGGUACCUAACAAUGGUAACUCCAAAACAUAUAGACCUCCCCCCAGAACAAAAGAAGUCUUAGUCAGAGGACAACCAGUGAAACUAAAAUAUUGCUUUACAUGCAAAAUAUUCAGGCCACCGAGAGCUUCUCAUUGUAGUCUAUGUGACAAUUGUGUAGAGAGGUUUGAUCAUCACUGUCCAUGGGUUGGUAACUGUGUAGGCAGGAGGAACUAUAGAUAUUUUUAUGCUUUUAUAGUAUCCCUGGCGUUUCUUUGCGUUUUCAUAUUUGCAUGUGCAGUCACACAUUUAAUUAUGCUUACGAAAGAUGACAAGCCAUUUUUGGAAGCUCUUCGGUCGUCUCCAAGCAGUGUCAUCGUAGGAGUGAUAUGUUUCUUUUCUGUUUGGAGUAUCUUGGGCCUUGCUGGCUUCCACACAUAUUUAACUACGAGUAAUCAAACAACUAAUGAAGAUAUUAAAGGGUCAUUUUCGAGUAAAAGAGGACAGGAAAGCUUUAAUCCCUAUAGCCAAGGAAACAUUUGCGGAAAUUGUUUUUACGUAUUAUGUGGGCCAUCUCCACCUAGUUUAAUUGAUCGAAGAGGAAUAGUUACACCUGAGUAUCGCGCAGAGCAAGAAAGAGUUGGUGAUGAUAAUGUGAUUACUAAUAAUAAGACAUACGGUACUGUCAAGAUUGUGCAGCCUCAGUCGAAUGGCACAACGGUUCAAACAAGUCCCAGUACGGAACUCACGGACUCGAUGAACAACUUAGUCACCGGUCUACAUUCUCCGAGAAUAGAGUCAAUAAACGGUAGUACUACAAACAGUAUAAGCCAACUUGUUACCAACGAAGUACCAUUAGCGUCUCUCAACAUAGCACCAAUUGAUAUCGACGAAAUCGCUCCGUUGCCUCCUCGUCAGAGCGUCGUGGUUUCUUCUGCUCUGGAUACAUCUUCCAUACCGGCGGUGACAACCCCAUUAUCUGCGUCUAGACUCAGACUGUUGCAGGACACUACUAUGAUAGAGUCUGCCUUAGACCUGGACUCGCUGGAAGACGCAAGCGUUGGUAGAGGUAGUCAGGCGGGACUUAUAAAGAUGGGGGUGUAGUCUAAAAUCCGAUUGUUCUUCAUGAACUAUAAAGAUUAAGAAUGAUCGAUUUGUCCGAUGAACAAGUGCAGUCCCCAACGCGUUUCGCUGCAAAUUGAAGCAGGAAACGUAACCCCGCGCGUUUUGCGUCUUCAUUCGCGAGAUUAAUUCCGCGCGUACGAUAAUCUUAUGCGGAUGUAAUCGUUAGUGAAUUGUCAUUUACAAGGUAGAUUUUUGUUUGUAAGAGGACGGUAGAAUGAAACUUCAAGAUUUCCAAAGGAAUUUGAAUUUACAGUGCUUUACAGAAUUACGGUGAAUUGUUACGUAACUAAAACGGCCGAAUUUAUGCUAUAAUUGAAGUACAAAUAAUUGUAAACGUUCGCAUCAUUUUCAACAACUGGGCUAUUUAUUAUAUAAUCACACCUAUUUCACCCUCAGCUAUAACACUUGCAUAUGCUAAUUUGUGAUGUAUUUAUUCAUCGUUUCCUUUUUUCGAAAAUCUUACGUUACUAAAUGUAGGUUCUAAUUAAAUCGCAACAUUUUAAAAAAAGAUUUCGAAAAGUAUUUUAAUGGUACUCUUUGAUUAAUUAAUUAUUUAUAUUACAAUAUUUGCCGAAAAUACUUAACAGGAAGAUAUAUAAUGAUACAAAGAAUUCGUAUACUACAUGCUUAAUUUUACUAUUCACCCAAAUUUGAGCGUAAUUUGCUGCCUAAUGUUACAUGUAGAAAAAUUAAAAUUUUAAAUUUAUAAUAACAUCUUCACACAGGAUCGUUAGAGAAAUGUAUAUAUUUUGCACUAUUUCACACACAACACAAACAUACAUAUACAUACUAUAUUAAUGAUUUUACUAUAUGUAUACAAAGUCAAUAACUAACACGUGUGUACAAAUAAAGUUUUUAGCACUUGUUUGUGCUUGCACUGAAUAAAAAUCAAAGUACAUUGCACUAUAGAGAAUGAAGUAAAUGUUUGAAUGAUUUUGAAAGAGAGAGAAGUAAUUAAAGAGAGGGUAGUUUUCAAUAUAAUUAAACAAAUAUUUAUUAUAGGAAAUAUGUAGAAAUUAUAAGAAUAUUUCCAUUGCAUUUCCUGAUAUUCUUAGAAGUAUUGUCUUUUUAACAGGAUUUGCCAUGUACAGUGUAAAAAGUUUUGUAAAUAAACUUUUCAUACACAUUAGCAUAGUUUUAAGGAUAAUUGCAGAAUUUAUUUGAGCAAUGCAGCUAAUAGCUUUUAAACGUUAGAAUUACCACUGCCUGAUCUAUCAAUAAAUUUUGUAUAAAAAAUUGUGCAUGUUAUUAUCUAAUUUUUGACAUUAUUAUGCAAUUACACACUAUUCAUAUGAGUAAUAUUGAAGAAUAUAUUAAUACCAGUACUUGUUAUAUAUUAAUAAUAUAAGAAUUGCCAUUCUGAAGACUAGAAGUGCUAUUCUUUUGUAUAUAAGACAUGUAUAUGAUACUAUAUGUAUAUAUGAUAUAGAUGUUAUAAUAAAAUCCAUAUAAUAUAAUGCAAGUUAAAAAUA